AAGGAGUAUUAGGGAAUACUAGGGAAGUAGGGAGGUAGAGUAAAGAGAGCGCUAAGGGAGGCGGCCCAGUAAACCCCACCCACUUUAAUAAACAGGAAGAUAACCUGACCGAAACACUGGAUCGAAACCCUCAACAUGAAAAGGCAACCGGCCGGAGAAAAACAGUAAUAGCACACAGGCUCCCCGCCGAGCUACACCGACAAGAAGACACAAACCGGCUGUUUGGACUGGACUCCACGCGCCCGUUUUACUUCCUAGCAACGACCACAGCGGACGAAGCUCGCUAACUUAGCCACUUUGCUAACUUUUAACAGUCAGUCCCGGACAGAGAUUAUUUCACAGCUGGUGUGGUUGCGCAAGGAGUCAGCUCGUUUUUGACGCCCUUUUUUACUUUUCACCAUGGGAUCCAGAGCGUCCACGUUACUCCGAGAAGAGGAAAUUGAAGAAAUUAAGAAGGAGACCGGCUUCUCCCACAGUCAGAUCACCCGCCUGUACAGCCGCUUCACCAGCCUGGACAAAGGGGAAAACGGCACUCUAAGCCGUGAAGAUUUCCAGAGGAUUCCAGAGUUGGCCAUCAAUCCUCUCGGAGACAGAAUCAUCAACGCAUUCUUCCCUGAGGGAGAGGACCAGGUGAACUUCAGAGGCUUCAUGCGGACGUUGGCUCACUUCAGGCCGAUAGAGGACAACGAGAAGAACAAGAACGCCGCCACCAGCGAGCCGCUCAACAGCAGGACAAACAAGCUGCUCUUCGCUUUCCGCCUCUAUGACCUGGACAGAGAUGACAAAAUCUCUCGGGAUGAGCUGCUGCAGGUCUUACGGAUGAUGGUCGGCGUGAACAUUUCAGACGAACAACUCGGCAGCAUUGCCGACCGCACCAUCCAGGAGGCCGACACAAACGGAGACAACUCCAUUUCCUUCAAUGAAUUCAUCAAGGUCUUGGAAAAGGUGGACGUGGAACAGAAAAUGAGCAUCCGGUUCCUGCACUAAGUUUCUUUUUUCCUCUUUGUCUUCUUUUGAGCUUGAACAUGUCAUUUGAUGUCAGGACACAACCUCAUCCAGAUUCUCAGCAGGCAGCCGUGGCCCUCACCACGAGAACACGCUGUCAGAACAAGCAUUCGGUAGAUAACACCAUAGAUCCUGAGUUUCUGCCUCCGCAUCGUAAAACAAAGGGAAAAAGUUGCGUGCCUUGGGAUGUUUUAUGCAAUGUCACUCUGUAUUUUUUUUUUUUUUUUUUUUCCCGGUAAUGGAACAUUAUUUAUUAGAAAACUUUUAGGGCCUCAUAGUUGGUGCCUCCGCUGUUCCAACUUUUUUAUAGACCAUAAAGCUUGUUGCUGUUGCAGUGAGUAAGUUCAUCCAAGCGGUUCCACUGAUAUUUAACACAUGCUACGUCUUUGUCUGUAUAACUUAUGCAAUAGUCCGAAGUGAAACUUGUAACAUGUGUGAUUCCACUUAAGAAAAAGUCAGUGUUUUCAGUGUCAGCAGGACCUAAUGAAUCCUGGUGGCAGAGCGAGUCAGACCAGUCGGCUUUUAUGUUUGUCCCCAGAAGAAAAAGCAGGACUCGCUUCCCAGAUGUUUGUGUUUUACUCACUGAAGUGCCACAGCUUUGGUUCUCCAUUGUAAGUUAUUAUCUCGACAGUAAGCAGGAGCCCACUGCUACGUUUGUGUGAGUCGUUUUUCUUGUACGGAUUAACCUCGCCACUGCCAAUAAACGUAACCCGGCCUCUCUAGGGGCUUAUUCAUUUACAACUAAAAACGGUGAAACAUACCGUCUCCUCGGCAUGAGGCAGUGUAACAGAACACGAACCUUCUCGAGAAGUUUCCCCACUCUCUGCUAGAGCCUUAUGAACGCCUGCCUAUCAGGUGCUAUCGUGGAAAUUGGGUUGUAGACCAGUUACUUUGUAGGUUUAGAUCAGCCAAAGAUAACCCGCUAUGCUUCUAUUUAUAUGAUCAGUCCGGUAACGAAAUAUGUUUGUUCAUUCAUGCACUGUUCACCGUUGAAAUCGUCACGGACGAGAAUCAAAUGUAUAAAAAUAUUGUCUGUACAGGCCAAUGGUUAUGACUUGGAGAGCUGAUGUCUGAUCCUUUAAUCUUUAACGUGAGUUUGUCGAAUAAUUACACCCUCCAGCAGGAAAUACAGCUCAACCAUUUUAUCAAUCAUUAUGUGAUUAUCAGUGGGAUAUGAUCCACGUGUUAUGUGACGUCGGUCUAGGUAUUAUCAAGUGAUUCAUGAAUUUGAUUUAAAUAAAAUCAGUGCCAUGCUU